AUGUUGUUGAAGUCGCUGGAACCUUUCUUUGGAGCCUCGUCAGCACCAGGGGCUGCAAUAUACAUCGUCUGCUGGCUUGCAGUCCUGACGUCCCUUAAUGUUUUCUACAUACACGAGCACCAUGUUAAGAUUGCAAGGCACAUCACCAGGAAGAUAGGAAACAUCUUUAUUCGGGCCCUUGUUCUAUCUCUUCUGAACAGCAUUCCAAAGAUAGUCUUGAUGGUCAGCCUGUACAGGACAUCAUCUAUCCAGGUGUUUGCAUCUGCAAUCUCAGGCACCACGCAGAUCUCGAUGGCAAUUUCGCUUGCCCUUGUGCUGGUCUUUGCCAAGACGAACUGCUUUGUCCACCACAUAAGCUUCUACAAGGACAUCCUUUUCCUCGAGGCCUCCCAUCUCCUGCUUCUUAUCAUGUUUUCAAGUACAACGGACACCUUGACCGUCCCUCUUAUGGCUCUAGGCGUAUUCUCCACCUUUGUGUUCAACACCUUUUCCCUUCCUGCCUACAUUGUGCAGGCAUCGCCCAGCAGCCAAGAAGCCCUCUUCUCGCUUUCUCGGCCAUCGCCGGCAUUCCGAGUUCUAUAUCCUGUCCGAUUUGUGUUCAAUGCCGUUUUUUUGGACCCGGCCCUGCUAUCCUCGGAGUCCUCAAAAAAGGUGCCGUACACCAUCGUACUUUCUCCGGCAAUCAACCUCCUGAUUGUGGUGUCGUACUUCCGCAUAAACAUCGGGCACUUUGGACUUCUCCUCUCUUUUGCUUGCUCCUUCCUUGUCGGCCUUCUUCUGUACAUGAUGGCAAGAAAAAGAGUCCUCUCCACCGCCUCAUGCAUCUACACCCUAACAGCUUCGGUGGUAUUCUUCUCGAUAAUAAUGGAAAGCCUUACAAGCCUGACUGCACAUAUAAGCAAGGAAACAGGCCUGGGGAUCCAGUUCCUUUCGGGAACAUUCCUUUCGCUGCAGUCCAAUUUCAUGGAGAUCGUGACAUGCCUUAAGUACAGUGAAGGGGAGAUGCUGAUCGUGUCGUCCUGCUCCAUCAUCUACACACACAUGUGCAACGUGCUUCUCUUCUUUCCCAUCAUCAGGCUGCUUCUAGGCAGAGGCGGAGGGGGUGCAUACCCCCACGGCAUUGCAAAUGCUCCGUUUGUGUACUUCUCGUAUGUCUUCAUCCUCGCAGAGAUCAAGGUUAUCUUUGUAAACUAUCUUCUCAGACACCAUAAGCUAACGAAAGAUCUUGGCUACACGCUCAUUGCAAUAUACGCAUUGUUCGUAGUCGGAUUUGCCAUAGAGGGCAAGGCCCAUCUUUGUAAAUAG